AUGCGGAGUGUAAUCGUUGCUUGUAUGAUUGGCCUGGCUUGUAUUAGCCUAUGUUCUGGCGCGGACAACACUCAGCAGAAACGAAGAUCACCACUCAAGGAGAAGAGCGCCACCGGCAAAGAUGCCGUCAAAGCUCUUCUGAAACACUUAAAGACUAAACAACUUACGGAAGCAAAGAAAGAUGCAUCUUUGGACAUCAAGAAGUCCUUGAUGACGAGAGCGGAGAGCUUUGGGUCCAAGAGAAACUGGCAAGAAUGGCUGUGCAAUCAUUUUCCUGAAUACUGCGCUACUGCGAGUGGCUGUGCAGCGGAUGAAUUUGAAUGUACUGACGGCAGUUGUAUCUAUGACUACUGGCAGUGUGACGGUUGGAAUGAUUGCAGCGAUGCAAGUGAUGAACAAGGAUGCUCUUGCCGCAGUAACCAGUUCACGUGCGGAAAUGGUCGUUGUAUUCCGGGCAAUUGGCAGUGUGACGACUGGAACGAUUGUGGUGAUGGAACCGACGAAGCUAACUGCCCGUGUGCUGACGGGGAAUUCACUUGUGUUUCUGACGGUAGUUGCAUCUACGGUAGUUGGCAAUGUGAUGACUACGUUGACUGUAGCGACGGAAGUGAUGAAGCCAACUGUGGAAACAGUUGUAACUGGAAUGACUGGAGUGAAUGGUCUGCUUGUAAUACCGGCUGUGGUGCCGGUCAACGCAGCCGAACUCGCACCUGUAGUUGCAGUAGUGGGAACUGUAAUGGGGAGUCUGUGGAGUAUGAUAUAUGUAACGGUGACGACUGCUUCCCUGAAGCCAGUGCGGGUUGCGGUACCCGCCAACCCGUUGGGUCCAACAACCGCAUCGUUGGUGGAGAAGACGCCGUACGUGGCGCUUGGCCUUGGCAGGCACAACUCUUCUAUUACGGCAGCUUCAUUUGUGGUGGGACGCUGGUUGGCAAUAGAUAUGUCAUCAGCGCUGCUCAUUGUUUCACUGGAGAUGGAUAUGAUUACAGCAACGGAGCUGAUUGGACAGUACAACUCGGUAAACUCUACGCUUCUAGCAACAUCGACUCAUCCAAUGGGGAGUAUGAGAGUGGAGUGUCACAGGUCAUCAUCCAUGAAGGAUACAAUGAGGUCACCUCAGACAAUGAUAUCGCUGUCAUGGUGUUGUCCAACCCACUACCAGCAACAAACAACUUCGUCAACUUCGCCUGUCUGGACUUGAACAGUACCAGGGCAUUUGAUGCUACUUCUAACUGCUUCACUUCUGGAUUCGGUGCCUUGUCCUCUGGAGGUAGUUUGGCGACCAUCCUUCAAGAGGCUAACGUCCCCCUCAUUCCUAGGGCUACUUGCAAUGGACCGAACAACUACGAUGGCGAAGUAACAAAUAACAUGUUGUGUGCUGGCUUUGUUGGGGGCGGCAUUGACUCGUGUCAGGGUGACUCUGGUGGUCCUUUGGUGUGUGCAGCUAAAGACACCGGAGCUGACGUCGAACGCUGGUACCUUGUCGGGGUUACCAGCUGGGGAUAUGGAUGUGCUCAGGCGAAUUAUCCUGGUGUCUACACUGAUGUGUCUCAGUAUAUAGACUGGCUUCAGAACAAGAUGGCGUAA